GGUAGUUGUCGUUGUUUAUGUAUGUGGAAAAAGCGUUAGUUAUUUCCCAAAAAAAAACAAACAAACAUACAAAAGAAAAAGAAGAAGAAGAAGAAAAAUGUCCAAAAUGCGUCUCCCCCGCCAUUGAUUCGACUCGGUCCGCAAAACCAAACACUCGCCUCGGCGGCGAUGUCUCAGCAGAGACCAUUCCAGAGCCCAUCGAAUGACACCACUUUCACCAAAAUCUUCGUCGGAGGCCUCGCUUGGGAGACCCAGCGCGCCACCAUGCGAAGGUAUUUCGAGCAGUUCGGAGAAAUCUUAGAAGCCGUCGUUAUUAUAGACAAGAACACCGGCAGAUCCAAGGGCUACGGCUUUGUGACGUUUAAGGAUCCGGAAGCAGCCAUUAGAGCGUGCCAAAACCCUUCCCCUGUGAUCGAUGGAAGAAGGGCCAACUGCAAUCUUGCAUCUCUUGGCGCCCAUAAGCCUCCCCCUCCUCCUCCUCCUCCUCAACAUGGUGGUGGAAGAUUCAGAGCAGCAGUAGCAUCUGGUAAUGGGAUUGUGCCUCCCCCUGGCCCUCCCUACAUUCAUCACCCCACUCCUCACUAUUCAUUCCCUCUUUCAGCAUAUGGGUAUGCUGGAUACUCACAAGAUAGAAUGUUUCCAUUGAACUACUACGGCGUUUACGGAGGCCAGCAGUUCUCGCCUUACUACGCUGCAAAUGGGAUUUCGGGAUCGGCUGGAACGUUUCAAAGUCUCUAUCCGUUCUACGCGCAGAGUAGCCAGGGGUAUGGAUUUGGAAUGCAGUAUCCCCAGCUUAUGCAGUAUCCGUAUGUUCCUCAGCAGCACGGUUCGAGCGGUAUCCUAUCUCUUCCCGGCGUGACCGGUGCAGGAACGACCUCUGCAGGUGCAACAACAGCGACGAUAAUAGCGGUUGGAUCGUCGGGGCCUUCGCAAGCUUCUUCUGCAGUAGGAUCCGAGCAGAAUUCCUCCGAGUUAGUCUCCACUGGAUGACACAAACGCCUCGUUACACACUAACCACAUCGACAAAGCCUCUCACGUGAUUCGAUAAGAAGGAUAUGAGAAAAUGAGAAAAGGGAGAUUCAUGUUCGUUCGUUCCAGCAUAUCAUCGAACGAGUCGUUCUUCGAGAGAGAAAACUAUCAACACUAUAUCAUAAGUUUGGUCCGGAGUGUAGUACUUUGAGAUCAGGAGUCUGUGCUGCUGCUGCUGGGGAAGUAGCAGUUGUUAGAAAUUAGGCGAAGGAAUUUUAUUCAUUCAUGUAUUAAGCAAAAGCGAAAGAAGGCUUUGGAUUCCCCGGGAUUUCAUUCGCUCGGUGUCGGGGGAAGCACGGAGCGUUUCCCUCAUGUUUACAUAAUUUUUUAACUUUGUGAAUGGGCUCAAAAGAUUGAUUUUAUGUCUUUUGAGCUUCUUACAGAAAUUUGUGGUGUUGGUCUGGUGUGGUCAACAAGGAAAGGCAAUUAGCUGGUUGAUGUGUAAUGUAAUUGUAAUUGAUGGGAUCUCAUCUUCUCCUUUGAAUUCAAUUACUUUAUUUGGAGGAUUG